CAACAUUUCAAAUUUUUGCCAACUGCAAGGGCCCAAAAGUGCAAUCAAGCAUAUCACUUCUGUUCCUUUUCAAAAUCUAGUCCUCUUGACCCGCACACAAGACACAAACAAUGAAACAAAACCCGCUUCUGAGUUCUGCCCCCACACAAAAUCAGUGUGUAAAUUACCAAUACACAUUUUACAUUACAUACCCCAUUACCCAUUUGGCCAUUUUCACUUUCCUCUUUUUUCUCUCCCCCCCUCUUCUACACACCUCCAUUACUGAUCAGUAUUUUUCUCUCCUAGACUAGACUAGAUCCAACAAGAACACAACUUUUAUACUUUUGCCCCUCUUCUUUUUAAAGGGUUUUUCUUUUUGCUUCACUCUUCACUCAUCAAAUCAGUGGCAGAACAGACCAAAGUACUACUCUCUCUCUCUCUCUCCAAAAUGGCUCUCUCUUCAUCCUUCUUUCUCUACCUCUUUCUAACUAUCUUCUUAUCCUUAGCUUCUUCUUCUUGUUCUGAUAAUGAUGAUCAUAAAAAGACCUUCAUAGUUCAAGUCCAAAGACAAGCCAAGCCUUCCAUUUUCUCAACCCACAAGAACUGGUACGAGUCUUCUCUCUCCUCCAUUUCUUCUUCUCCCGACAACAAAACGACGACGUUAGAUGCCUCCACCAUAAUCCACACAUACGACACCGUCUUCGACGGCUUCUCCGCCAAGCUCACGUCUUUGGAGGCCCAGAAGCUCCGAACCCUCCCCCACGUCCUCGCCGUCAUUCCCGAACAGGUGCGGCGCCUGCACACCACGCGCUCCCCGGAGUUCCUCGGCCUUAAGAAGACCGACAGCGCGGGGCUGCUCAAAGAGUCCGACUUUGGCUCCGACCUCGUCAUUGGAGUCAUCGACACUGGAAUCUGGCCGGAGAGGCAGAGCUUCAACGACCGUGAUCUCGACCCCGUUCCUUCCAAGUGGAAGGGCCAAUGCGUCGCUGGAAAGGACUUCCCGGCCACCUUCUGCAACCGCAAGCUUAUCGGCGCUAGGUUCUUCUGCGAGGGAUACGAGUCCACUAACGGUAAGAUGAACGAGACCACCGAGUAUCGCUCCCCAAGAGACUCCGACGGCCACGGGACCCACACCGCUUCCAUCGCUGCCGGCCGUUAUGUCUUCCCCGCCUCCACCCUCGGCUACGCUCGCGGUGUCGCCGCCGGUAUGGCACCCAAGGCCCGCCUCGCCGCUUACAAGGUCUGCUGGAACGCUGGCUGUUACGACUCCGACAUUCUCGCAGCCUUCGACGCCGCCGUCGCCGAUGGAGUCGACGUCAUCUCCCUCAGCGUCGGAGGCGUCGUCGUUCCGUACUACCUCGAUUCCAUUGCCAUUGGCGCCUUCGGCGCUGCCGACAACGGCGUCUUCGUCUCAGCCUCCGCCGGAAACGGCGGUCCCGGCGGCCUCACCGUCACCAAUGUUGCUCCCUGGGUCACCACUGUCGGCGCCGGAACCAUGGACAGAGACUUCCCAGCCGAUGUUAAGCUCGGAAACGGAAGAACAAUCCCUGGAGUGAGCGUAUAUGGCGGACCAGAUCUUUCCCCGGGUCGGAUGUACUCACUGAUAUAUGCCGGCAACGAAGGUAGCGAUGGGUAUUCGUCGUCUUUGUGUCUGGAGGGUUCUUUGAAUCCCAGUUCAGUGAAGGGAAAGAUCGUACUUUGCGACAGAGGGAUAAAUUCAAGAGCUACGAAAGGCGAAGUGGUGAAGAAAGCAGGAGGAGUCGGAAUGAUACUUGCUAACGGAGUGUUCGACGGUGAAGGACUUGUCGCCGAUUGCCACGUGUUGCCCGCAACGUCAGUCGGCGCCUCGUCCGGCGAUGAGAUAAGAAAGUACAUAACUUCGGCGUCGAAAUCGCGGUCUCCACCCACGGCCACGAUUUUGUUCAAGGGGACUAAGCUGGGGAUAAGGCCGGCUCCGGUGGUGGCGUCAUUCUCGGCCCGUGGGCCUAAUCCGGAGUCUCCGGAGAUUCUCAAGCCGGAUGUGAUCGCCCCCGGGCUGAACAUCCUUGCGGCGUGGCCUGAUCGGGUUGGUCCGUCGGGUAUUCCGUCGGACAAGCGGAGGACAGAGUUCAACAUACUCUCUGGGACGUCGAUGGCGUGCCCGCACGUGUCCGGGUUGGCGGCGUUGCUGAAGGCGGCGCACCCGGAGUGGAGCCCCGCCGCAAUUCGGUCGGCGCUCAUGACGACUGCCUACACAGUGGACAACAGGGGUGAGACAGUGCUUGAUGAGUCCACAGGGAAUAGCUCAACUGUGAUGGAUUUUGGGGCUGGUCAUGUUCAUCCGGAAAAAGCAAUUGACCCGGGAUUGGUGUACGACAUUACUUCUUAUGACUACGUUGAUUUCUUGUGCAAUUCCAAUUACACCACCAAGAACAUCCAAGUGAUCACUCGCAAGUCCGCCGAUUGCAGCGGCGCAAAGAAGGCCGGCCACGCUGGGAAUCUCAAUUACCCAUCGCUGUCCGCCUUGUUCCAGCAAUAUGGGAGGCACAAGAUGUCUACACAUUUCAUUAGGACCGUGACCAAUGUUGGCGACCCAAAUUCUGUUUAUCGGGUUACUAUUAGUCCGCCGAGUGGGACGGUGGUGACGGUGGAGCCUGAGAAGCUGGCUUUUAGGAGGGUUGGGCAGAGGCUGAACUUCCUUGUGAGGGUUGAAGCCACGGCGGUGAAGUUGUCUCCUGGAAACUCAUAUGUGAAGAGUGGCUCCAUAGUUUGGUCGGAUGGGAAGCACAAAGUCACAAGUCCUUUGGUUGUGACUAUGCAACAACCUCUCUAGUUUCUCUUGUUGUGAGCUUUAGGAAUUUUGAAUCUUCCUUAGUGCUUAUGAUAUAGAAUCAUCAUCUCUAAAUAUAUGUAUAAUGAGAAUGUGUUUUUUUUUUUUUUUUUUUUUUUUUUUUUUUCUGGACGGUUUUCUAUUCCAGAAAACUGGUGGGGAGUUUGUUUCAUGAUGCAUCCAAAUAUCUUCAUGGUUUGUAAGAUUAAGGAUGAAAGAUGUUUGUAGAAAAAAAAGAUGCUUUUUGUAUGAAAGAAGAGGCCAAGGAUAAUGCAAAGAUCUCGUGUU